AUGGAUUACCAGAAGAGGCUUAUAACUUGGUGUGAGCUGGAGGAAGCUGACUCUGAACGCCACUUCCUGCUCACUAAUGUAUCCACUGAAUGGGAAGUUAGACAAAUUGAAGAUGAGAUUGCCAAUGUUAGAACCUGUGUGGUUCGGAGUCAGAUGCAAGCAAAAGAGAAAGCUACUUUAUCCCUUCUUGUAGAGAGAAAGAUUAUACGGUCUACUGUAGUGACUUCCCAUGUAAUUCUGCCAGAUGGAGAGAAGGAAGGAUGGAAGGUGACCAUACAAGCACAAUCACGUUUUCCCUCCCCACCUGCCCCACCAUCUGAAACUAUCAAUUUUCAGUCCAAAUUGUGGGACUUCCUUAGGCACGAAGGGAAGACCAUGACUGAAUUAAGGACCCUUUUGGGAAGUAGUCCUGUGCCUCCUCCCAGUUCUAUGGACCAAAUAAUUUUUGCUAUGGGACAAGUAAUAGGGGUGUCCAUAAAGACAGCUUAUGAAUCAGGCCCUUACAGAAAGCUGAAGUUCUUUUCAGGCAUUAAACCAGUGCCUGUAGGGGAAGAUGACUAUGACACUUGGAGGCAUCAACUAAAUCAGAUGAUGCAGGAAUGGCAAUGUAGUGAGGCUGAAAAGAGGAAACAGGUGGCAGAAAGCGUGCGAGGACCUGCAGGGAAUGUAAUGUGUGCAUUAAAAGCCAGCAAGCGUGUUGCCACUGUUGAUGACUCUCUCUCGGCGAUGGAGGAUGUCUUUGGGAGCCUAGAGACAAGGGAAGACCUCUGCUUUCAAUUUUGGUCCUGUUACCAACAGCCAGGUGAAAAACUAUCUUCCCAAAUUGGAACCAUCCCUUCAACUGUGCAUCCACCGUAA